GUGAACACUGAGGACCGCAAUGUGGUUUAUUUGACAGAAUCAAAGAUGGAAGAAAGGGCUGCAGUGAGCUGCAGAGCACAGUCCCAGAAAGGGGACGACCACUGUCUUCAGGAGCUCAUGAUUGUCCUCCUCGAGCACGACUGGCUGAAAAAGAGUUUGACAGGAAACACCACCCUCGGCCGACGGAUGUUUGAUAUCAGCAGAGACGUGAAGAUGUGUGUUAGAAGACAGGGUGUUCUGGGUGACAGCCGUGUGGUUAUUGUCGUCAACAGCCCCGAGAGUCGGAGCCAUUACUCUGCCCGAGACCCCGGCCUAGUCAACGACAACAUGGCAGCGUGCAUGGCCAUGUGUAACCCAGGACCUCACGCCUUCCUCAUGGUCAUACCCAUCAGCCCUCAGUGGCAGGGAGUGGACAGUAGAGGGACCCCUGGAGCUGCUUAAUGACAGUGUUAUUCACCAGGUGUGAGAGGCUGAGGGUAGAGGGCUACACAGAAAGACACAGCUUUCUCAAAGCAACUCUGGAGAGGUGCGGACACAGAUACCACCUUUUAGACACAAGCGUUUGGGGAGAAGAGGACAGUGCUCAGGUUGGAGAACUUUUAGAGACGAUUGAUGCAAUGGUUGCAGGAAAGAUAAAG